UUUCUCACAUCUCACCAAUUUUAAACACCUCUCUCUCUCUCUCUCUCUCUCUCUCUCUUCAUAUCACCUGUUCCGUUCCCAGCGAGAGGAGAAUACCUGCUUCGGCAUCCCACCACAUCAUCAUCUCCUACGCCGCGGCGCACCCGAUCCACCGCCGCAAUCUCCACAGGUUGUUACCUAUUCUGUUGAGGAUAGAGUAAUUGUGUGCGUAAAAACAGAACUUUUAUUCGAAAAUGAGUGUGGUUGGUUUUGAUUUUGGGAACGAGAGUGGUGUUGUUGCCGUUGCAAGGCAAAGGGGAAUUGACGUUGUACUCAACGAUGAGUCAAAGCGUGAGACUCCGGCUAUUGUAUGCUUUGGUGACAAACAGCGGUUCCUCGGAACAGCUGGGGCUGCAUCAAGUAUGAUGAAUCCGAAAAAUACAAUUUCUCAGGUAAAGCGGCUGAUUGGCCGUCAGUUUUCAGAUCCUGAGCUGCAACGGGAUAUAAAGAUGUUGCCUUUUGCAGUCACCGAAGGUCCUGAUGGAUACCCAUUGAUUCACGCUCGGUAUUUGGGGGAAAUGAGGACAUUUACGCCGACCCAAGUAUUGGGAAUGGUGCUCUCAAAUUUGAAGAGCAUAGCGGAGAAGAAUUUGAACGCGGCAGUUGUGGAUUGCUGUAUUGGGAUACCUGUUUAUUUCACUGACCUUCAAAGAAGAGCUGUUUUGGAUGCAGCUGCAAUUGCGGGUUUGCAUCCUCUCCGAUUGUUUCAUGAAACCACUGCAACUGCUUUGGCAUUUGGAAUUUAUAAGACAGAUCUACCGGAAAAUGAUCAACUAAAUGUUGCAUUUGUUGACAUUGGCCACGCUAGUAUGCAAGUUUGCAUUGCUGGCUUCAAGAAAGGCCAACUCAAGAUAUUGGCUCAUUCAUUUGAUCGAUCUUUAGGUGGCAGAGAUUUUGAUGAAGUUCUAUUCCAGCAUUUUGCUGCUAAGUUCAAGGAAGAGUAUAAGAUUGAUGUUUACCAAAAUGCUAAGGCCUCCCUCCGGCUGCGUGCUGCUUGUGAAAAGCAGAAAAAAAUUCUUAGUGCAAACCCAUUGGCACAUUUGAAUAUAGAGUGCUUGAUGGACGAGAAGGAUGUUAGGGGUCUCAUCAAGAGAGAAGAGUUCGAACAAAUUAGCAUUCCAAUCUUGGAACGCGUGAAGAAGCCAUUGGAGAAAGCUCUUACAGAAUCUGGUCUGACAGUUGAGAGCAUUCAUGCAGUUGAGAUUGUUGGUUCUGGCUCUCGUGUUCCUGCCUUGAUCAGGAUAUUGACAGAGUUCUUUGGCAAGGAUCCUAGGCGUACGAUGAAUGCGAGUGAGUGUGUUGCCAAGGGAUGCGCCCUGCAGUGUGCAAUCCUCAGCCCCACAUUUAAAGUGAGGGAAUUCCAGGUCAACGAAAGUUUUCCAUUUCCAAUUGCUUUGUCAUGGAAAGGUGCUGCUCCAGAUACUCAGAAUGGAGGCGCAGAUAAUCAACAAAGCACUGUUUUCCCAAAAGGGAAUCCAAUACCUAGCGUCAAGGCUUUGACAUUGACAUUCUAUAGAUCGGGAACCUUCACAACAGACGUUCAAUAUGCUGAUGUCAGUGAACUGCAGGCACCAGCUAAGAUUAGCACGUAUACGAUUGGUCCUUUUCAAUCCACGAAGAGUGAUAGGGCAAAACUGAAGCUAAAAGCUCGACUAAAUCUGCAUGGCAUUGUAUCAGUCGAGUCAGCGACACUUUUGGAAGAGGAGGAAGUCGACGUUCCACUUGUUAAAGAGCCAACAAAAGAAGCUACUAAGAUGGAUACAGAUGAAGCUCCAAGUGAUGCUGCUCCCUCAGCUUCUGAAACCGAUGUGAAUAUGCAAGAUGCUAAAGCUGAUGCUCCUAGGGCUGAAAAUGGUGUCCCAGAGUCUGGAGACAAUCCUGUUCAAAUGGAAACAGAUGCCAAGGUUGAGGCUCCAAAGAAAAAGGUGAAGAAAACAAACAUUCCUGUAUCUGAGUUUGUUUAUGGAGGAAUGGCUCCUGCAGAUGUGCAAAAAGCUGUGGAGAAGGAGUUCGAAAUGGCUUUGCAGGAUCGAGUUAUGGAAGAAACCAAAGACAAGAAGAAUGCCGUUGAGGCCUAUGUGUAUGACAUGAGAAACAAGCUUAAUGACAAAUAUGAAGAAUUUGUUACCGAUUCAGAGAGGGAAGAGAUAAUUGGCAGACUCCAGGAGGUGGAAGAUUGGUUGUAUGAAGAUGGUGAGGACGAGACCAAAGGUGUUUACAUUGCUAAGCUCGAGGAGCUCAAGAAGCAAGGUGAUCCAAUUGAGGAGCGGUACAAGGAGUACUCUGAGAGGGCACCGGUGAUUGAUCAUCUUAUCUAUUGUAUCAACAGUUACAGAGAAGCUGCAGUGUCAAGUGAUCCUAAAUUUGAUCACAUCGACCUAGCAGAUAAGCAGAAGGUUUUGAAUGAAUGUGUGGAAGCGGAAGCUUGGUUGAGGGAGAGAAAGCAGCAGCAGGACUCACUGCCCAAAUAUGUGAAUCCAGUUAUCUUGUUAGCUGAUAUUAGAAGGAAGGGUGAAGCCCUUGACAGGUUUUGCAGGCCGAUAAUGACAAAACCAAAGCCAGCCAAACCAGCUACACCUGAAACACCACCACCGGCAUCUCCCCAAGGUGCUGACAGUACCAAUCCCAACGCUAGCCCUAAAGACAAUGCCGGAGCUGCCGACAGUGAGGUGCCACCAGCUGCCACAGAGCCUAUGGAAUCCGACAAGUCCGAAUCAGCACCCAGUGCUGCAUAAAUUAGUAAUGCCUGUUUGUUUUUUCAAGUGUUCAAUGCAGGUAAAAAAUUGAUGGAUUUGUUUUCUGACUGUUGAGCCUGAAACUCUUUCUUUGAUAUGGGUACAAUGGUUAAAGGCUGCAUGAUGUUUGCUGGUGAGAUUGUUUAGAUCUGUAGAAAAAGCCAUCUACAUUACUGGUUCAAUGGUUUUGCCAAAUGCUAUCAUUAUUAUUAGGAGAUGAUACAUCUCCAGAAUCCAGUUUUCCAAACAGGUUUGUAAAAGAAACAUCGAAAUUGCUGUCAUCUUCUGUUCCUUUUUUGUUUCUUUUUUGGCUGGAAAAGAGACCGAUAUAUAUCCUACUCUUACAGGGCUUUUAAAACUUUUUUGUUUUAAUUUUUAUUUUUAUGAGGAACUAUUUUGGGUUUCAUCCCAUGUUUUGGGUUCAGCUUUCAGUGUAUGUAAUACUCGGAUUAUUCUCUCCCUUGUUUUCCUGAAUUUUUCUUGUUUGGAACUACGACAAUGCGCUGAAUAUUCUUACAGGAGUUGCGGUAAGCAA